CCUGCAGGCCCCUCGGCUAGCAGAGAAAUACUGCGUUUGCCACCUGGCGACUGGAGACAUGCUGAGGGCCAUGGUGGCUUCAGGCUCCGAGCUCGGCAAGAGGCUGAAGGAGACGAUGGAUUCUGGCAAACUGGUCAGUGAUGAGAUGGUCGUGGAGCUCAUAGAGAAGAACCUUGAGUCGUCGGCCUGCAGGAACGGAUUCCUGUUGGAUGGAUUCCCCCGAACGGUCAAACAAGCAGAGAUGCUGGACGACUUGUUGGACAAGAGAGACGAGAAGCUGGACUCUGUGAUCGAGUUCUCCGUCGAUGAUUCUCUGCUGGUUCGCAGGAUCUGUGGCAGUGCAGUCGCAAAAACUAUCAAGAUCUACGACGAAACUGGCUCACAUGAGGACCGACCCAAGAAAGGAAGACCAAGAGUCAUCUCUGCUUCUGAGGAUAAAUUUGUCCGAAUCAUCAGCCUCAGAAAUCCCAAGUUAACAGCACCUCAGAUUAGAGCCCAGAUAAAUGCCACACAGAGUUCCAGUAGCAGACACAGCUCUACAUCAACUGUUUAG